AUGCAGACGCGCGAGAUCGGCGAGCCGACACUGCCAGAUCACGAGGAGCAGGGAGGGGACGUGGCGGAGCGAACUGGGCCCACGGGUCCCCGCCACCCGCGCCAACAAAGCCAGUCCCCGCAGGCAGCGGACGAACUGAGCGCGCCGGGGAUCCCACAGGAUUAUGGGGCAGGAGCGCGGCGAGAGGAGCGACUGGAGCAGCAGGAGGAGCAGAUUGCGAGGACGGCCCCGCAUGGGAGCGGUGGAGAGCUUUCUCCACACCGUCCAAUUUCUUCAGGACUUGCUCCAUCGCGGAAGGCGCCGGACGCGCAGCCCCGCCGCGGCCGUAACCCCCCCGUCGCCCACGAUGCGCACGCCCACUCGCGCUCGAACGCACAGGCGACUGUGGGCGAGACAGGCCCCGCUGACGCUGGCGGUCAGAGGAACGCUCCGUGCGACGAGGAGAGUAGAGCCGCUGGCGCUUCGCAAGAGGGGGAGAACGUGGCGCCAAGGACCGAUAUCCAGACGCAUGACGAGCAGGCGAUCGCGGACGAGAGGAGCGGGGAGCGAGAGAACGGUGGCGAUACGAGCGGUGGUCACGGGAACGGCUCCGUGACACCUUGCGCCGAGGAGAUCGAGGAGACCGCGGUGAUCGCGGAGACCGCGGCGGGCGCGAGUCAGCGCGACGGUCGUCGUGGCGGCUCUCCCGCCUACCGUCGUGGGCCACCGGCGAACGAUGGCGAGGCGAAUGCCCCCGGUGCGCUACAGCCUCUGCGCCGGAGCGCGCGACGGACCCCACACGCGCAGGCUCCCCCAGAGGCAAGGAUCCGCCUCCGAGCAGACCCAGAUCCCGACGCUGAUCCUCAAAGCGCCGACGGAUCUCGUCCGCAGCCGCCGGCGGAGCAACAGGCACGCUCGCGGCAGGACGCGCGGGAGGAAGUGGACGGGGAGCAGGAUCAACCUCCACGGCGCGGAGCGGGCGGGGAAGCACGCGGGGAAGAGGCGGGCGUCGAGGAGCACGCGGAGUACAGCGCAGCGCAGGCCUCGCGGCAAGGGGGAACCCCCGCCAGCCACCGAGCCCAAUCUGGUUAG